CUGCGCUGUUUGUCUCGUCGGGCUUCCGUAGCCUGAAGGCGCGGGUUUCGCUGAUCUGAUCAGAAGGAGAGCGCUCGUUCGCUGCCGAGUUUCCUCGGUUCACGCGUGUUUGUGAAGCCUGUGUGCUGUCUGUGUGCAGGAUGUGUUCCCUCGGUGUGUUCCCGGCGCCGGUAACGGCUGCACAGACGCUGUUCGAGCGGAACAACGAGCUUCUGUCCGCACUGGAUCCCGGAGAACACUCACAGGUGUGUGAUCUGCCCAGUCCUCAGUUCACCAGAGACACCCUGAAGGGUCACAGUCGCCCGGAGAGCAGCAGCAGAUCAGCCUUCCUGGACCAGAGAGACACGCUGUGGAUGAGGAGCGCCGGGGCCUGGCGUGACGCGGGGCUGUACGGUCUGUUAGACGAGAUCACUAACAGUGCAGAUGAAGUGCCCAGGUUCCUGGCGGUGGGCUCCUCCUGCGUCCUGGCUCUGCUCAGAUGGGCUUCUUCCUUCCACGGCUCUCUGUUUCCACAUCUGACCCUGAGCAGUGAUGAGAUGGUGGCAGAGUUCUCCCAGAUGCUGGAUUGGUCUGACAGCGCUCUGAGGAGCUUCGCCUGGCAUCCUCACACUGAUAAAUUCGCUGUGGCUCUGCUGGACGACUCCAUCAAGAUUUACAAAUCGAACAGUUCUCCGACGCCGACGCUGAAGCACCGCUGCCAGAGGUCUGUGUGUGCUCUGCAGUGGAAGCCUCUGUGUGGCUCUGCUCUGGCCGCGGCCUGUCAGUCCUGUCUGCUCAUCUGGCACGUGGACCCCGCCUCGCUCUCCACCAGGCCGUCGUCUGGCUGUGCGCAGGUCUUGUCUCAUCCGGGUCAUUCUCCCAUCACCUCCAUCGCUUGGUCCCCCACCGGCUCCCUGCUGGUGUCUGCGUCUCCUGUCGACACAUCCAUGAUGGUGUGGGAUGUGGCAGCAGAGAGCGCAGUGCCGCUGCAGCGUGUGGGUGGAGGUGGUGUCACACAUCUCUCCUGGUCUCCAGACGGCAGUCGACUGCUGGCAGCUACUCCAUCCGCUCUCUUUAGGGUUUGGGAGACACGCAUGUGGACGUGUGAGAGAUGGCCGUGUCUGAAAGGCAGUUGUCAGUCGGCCUGCUGGAGUCCUGACGGGGGCUGUCUGCUGUUGAGUAUGCAGGGAGAGAGGGUCAUAUAUGCGCUCACCUUCUCCGAUCUCACAGGGGGUCCUAAAGCUGCCAGCGUGGUGGCUGACCUCUCAGAGACCACCUUCCCUGGACCUGAUGGAGACCUCACUGUGGGGGGAGAGGUGUGCUCUCUUUCAUGGGAUCCGAGAGGUGAAAGACUCGCCGUGCUUCUGAAAGGUGAUUCACAGGCGGUCAAUCAUCCUUCAGUCAUAGCCGUCUUCAAGACACGCUCCAGUCCUGUCUUCGAGCUGCUGCCGUGUGGUUUUGUGAUGGGAGAGUCUGGAGCAGAGCCUAGGUUCAUGCAGUUUCAUCCACACUUCCAGCACGGCGCUCUGCUUACUGUGUGCUGGUCUGACGGACGCAUCUCUCACGUGCCGUUUUACUUCAGCAGCGCUGGGCUGUUAGGAGGAGACUCACCGCUGCAAGCCUUCGCCAGCAGCACCGCGGAUCCUUCCUCAAACAAACUGUACUCUGAACAGACUUCCUGAACACCUUCACUUGCUCUAACACUGACAUCAACAGCACAGACGCUUCAUUCUGCUGACAUAAACCCUGUUUACAGCAUAAUGUGUGGCUUGUAUAUGUGAAGAUUAAUAAAGUCUUUGCAUUGUUUGGAUUUCACAUAAGAGUGGAGUGAUGCUUGUGUUUUUCCAAAGCAACACGUGUGCUGCUGAUCUGAAACAUUUAGGAGCGCAUAAACCACUUCAGCGCUGGAAUUAAAUCAUUAAUAAAGAGCUAUGAGCUAUGAAUUCAUUUUGAAUACAAAGAGUACUUAAGGCUUUUUUAAAGUUUCUACUUCAGGCAGUGUAUUAAACACUGAAUUAAAUGCAAGAUACAGUACCUGAAAUACCAUAAUCAUAUGCAAUCAUGUUGUAUAAAUGUGAGGUGUAGAGAAUGAGGAGUUAUUCUACUAUCUAUUCACUCCGUUGCAUUUUGGGAAGGCACCGCCACAUUAGAAGGGUACACUAUCUGUUCUCACGGUUACUUAUCAUUCUCUAUAAAUUAAACUGCUCAUCUCUUUAGUUUUUGCUUUAAGUUAAACACUCAUUCAUUCUUCAUCGUAUGACUGUAGGGAAGAGAAACUAUUUUAUUGCGCUGCAUGAAAUUAGAUUUUUUUUUCAUCUGUUUUGUAGAAUUUGGUUUAAAAUGUUAACCUGCUGGAUGCUCUCUACUGCAUCAUAUGAGAGAUUAUCCAAAUAAAACCGUUCAACAAGCUGA